GACGCAGGGGGCGGGGAGGGGCGCGGGGCCGCUCUCGCCGGCGCUCUCUUUCGGUUUGGUCGGCCGCGGGAGGAGAGUGGACCCCCCCACUUUAAGGCUCUUUUCCUCGUUUCGUCCCCGCCGCCCCCAGGUCCCGGCGCGGGGCUCGGGGAUGCCCGCCAACAUGUUCAGCAUCGACAACAUCCUGGCCGCCCGGCCGCGCUGCAAGGACUCGGUGCUGCCCGUGGCGCCCAGCCCGGCGGCUCCCGUCGUCUUCCCGGCACUGCACGGGGACUCGCUCUACGGCGCCGGCGGCGGCGCCUCCUCGGACUAUGGCGCCUUCUAUCCGCGCCCCGUGGCCCCGGGCGGCGCGGGCCUCCCGGCCGCGGUCGGCGGCUCCCGCCUCGGCUACAACAACUACUUCUACGGGCAGCUGCACGUGCAGGCGGCGCCCGUGGGCCCGGCCUGCUGCGGGGCCGUGCCGCCGCUGGGCGCCCAGCAGUGCUCCUGCGUCGCGACACCCCCAGGCUACGAGGGCCCCGGCUCGGUGCUGGUGUCCCCGGUGCCGCACCAGAUGCUGCCCUACAUGAACGUGGGCACGCUGUCCCGCACCGAGCUGCAGCUCCUCAACCAGCUGCACUGCCGGCGGAAGCGGCGGCACCGCACCAUCUUCACGGAUGAGCAGCUCGAAGCCCUCGAGAACCUCUUCCAGGAGACCAAGUACCCGGACGUGGGCACGCGCGAGCAGCUGGCCCGGAAAGUGCACCUCCGCGAGGAGAAAGUGGAGGUCUGGUUUAAGAACCGCCGCGCCAAAUGGAGGCGGCAGAAGCGGUCCUCUUCGGAGGAGUCGGAGAACGCGGAGAAGUGGAACAAGACGUCGUCCAAGGCGUCGCCGGAGAAGAGGGAAGAGGAAGGUAAAAGCGAUUUGGACUCGGACAGCUGACGGCUGCGGGCCGGCUGUGGCGUUUGCCUAACUCGAAGGACUUGCACAGACAGACGAUGCUACUUUGUUGCACACGCGCUGCCUUGCGGGAGGGGUCGAGAAAGAGACUGAGGAACUGUAAAUAGUGUACAGUGCCCGGAGGGUCGGCGCCUGGGGUCGGGGCGGGGGCUCCAGUCCUGCAGCCCGAGGCCGCCCGCGCGUCGCCGGCUCCGUAGUAUUUAUAGCUAAGUUAACAGUUAAUGGUGACAAUACAAUAAAGUGACGGCGAUGUA